GGGGAGGCGGCCUGUGCGGGCUCAGGUACCGGCCGUUGGGUUCGGCGGCGGCGGGGAGGCUGCGGGCCCGGUUUUACAGAAAAGCAGACAUGAAACACUGACAGCAUUUGGAAAUAAACUUUGGCAGUAAGAUGGAAGCAUAAAUCUCAAGACUUUAAACCAAAACAGAAAUGGCUUGUGAUUGUUGAAACAAGACACCUAAGAGCCUCCAACACUUCUGUGUGAGCAGUAGAAAAGGAACAACUACAAUGGUAACACUAAUAACAGAAAAGCUGCAGAACCAGAGCUUGGAUGAUCUGACGUGUAAAACGUACAAUAUUAAUCUGUACUCAUCUGAGAAGUUGAACAAAAGUGGCAGCUUAUUCUCUUUCGAAAUCAACGAAGACAGUCCUUGGAAAGCUCUAAAUGGGGGAUGUCCAAUCCAGACUGAUGCCAGGAAUUCUGCCUACCCUUUCCCAGUGUGCCCCUUCAGCACCGGCCCUGCCACCAAUGGCACUUUGCAGUGGCAGCAGGAGCCCUCCAGCACGUCCAUGGUGUCAGGAUGGAUCAGUGAGUUAAACCUCAACGAAAACUCGGGUCAGCCCUUGGCACCACCCACAAAACGCCACUGCAGGUCCCUCUCAGAGCCAGAUGAGCUGGCUCGCUGUCGCUCACCCUGGAAACCUGGCAAUUCGAAGGUUUGGACUCCCGUGUCAAAGAGACGAUGCAACAGCGGUGGCAGCGCGACCUUGCAACGCUGCAACAGUCAUGGAAGUGCAACCUUGCAGAGAAGCACAAGCAUCAGCCUGCCACAAAACAUACUGUCCCUCAAUAACGUCUUCACCGUCACCAGCUUCAACACAUCGCCAGUACCCAGACCUUCCUCUGCCAGCAGCGGGUUUGUGGACAGCAGCGAGGGAAGCACAAGCUCCAGUACACGCUGGAAUUCUGGAGGGCCCUGUGACUUUAACCCAAGGCGUCGCCUCUCCCUCUCCCAGGAGCACAUCACGGAGACUGGGAAUCUUUUGCCUUCAGCCAACAGCACUCCCACCUCCACACCCGAGCUCAGCCGACGUCAGGGCUUGUUGAGGUGCCGCUCUCAGCCUUGUGUUCUGAAUGAAAAGAAAAGCCGGCUAAAGCGCAGACGGGAGGAGGAUGUACGAUGGAACAGGCCGUCUUUAGACUUUUUUAAAAUGACACGGGUGAGAUUUUACUUUCCUCAGUUAGUGUGUGUGAAGGGAACAGUUGCAGACAUGUAAUUUCUUGAUAAAUCA